AUGACCAAGUUGAACACCAUCAUCGGGUUCGCUGCUGCCGCCGCCCUGGCACUCGCCACUUUCGACGGUGUCAACGCUGCCAGUCUCCGUACCGUAGACACCAAAGAGCGUUUCUUGACCAGCUUUGAUGCCAGCUUCGACUCCAGUGACAGCGCCGAAGGCGAGCGCUUUCUGUUCGAGCUUGAAGGCAGCGACAGUGCUGAAGUGGACUCAAGCGAGAGUUCGGACGGCGAACGAUUCCUUGUCGAAAUGGAGGGAAGUGACAGUGCUGCAGCCGAAUCCAGUGAAAGCUUCGACGGUGAUCGAUUUCUUGUAGAGGUCGAAGGCAGUGAAAGUGCAGCGAACGACGAGGGUAGCGACAGUCUUGCGGGUCAGCGCAUCCUAGUUGAAGUGGAAGGCAGCGAAAGUGCGGUGGACGAGUCCAGCGAAAGCACAGACGGCGAGCGUUUCCUUCAGGAUGUUGAAGGAAGCGAAAGUGCCGAAGAUGAAGGCAGUGCCAGCGUGGAUGGCGAUCGCUUCUUGAGCGAGGUCGAGGGCAGCGAAAGUGCCGAAGUGGACGAUAGCGAGAGCACAGACGGCGAGCGUUUCCUCCAAGAGGUUGAAGGUAGUGAAGGCAGUGAAAGUGCUGAAGAUGACGGCAGUGAGACUGUUCCUUUUCUUCGGCGAUUCUUAACGGAGUUUGACUUUGAAGGCAGUGAGAGUGUCGAAGGCAGUGGCGGCAGCGCAUAACUGACAGGAAUCUUGGUUUACUAGAUUCGCUUUAAUGAGCACCGUGCGGUGUUUGAAUGAUAUCAAACAGCUCAUUGCAUCGUUAGACCUUUCGCUAAAAUAGUACUUGAUCAGCCUGUGACCACUUUCG